UAAUUGUGUGUUUAGUGGUGUGAAAUUAAGUGUAAAGAUGUGGAUUCCAUUGAAAACUCCUAAACUUGCAGUCGCUGUGUAUAAUUGGAAAGGAGAUGUGCGAUCAGGGUUACCAUUGGAGAUUGGUGAAACCGUUCAGAUCUUGGAGGAAAAUGGAGGUUGGUACAGAGGGUUCAGCUCGAAAAACAGAUCGGCGUGGGGUAUUUUUCCCGCAUCUGUGGUGACGAUACGACCAUGUACGAUCAAGGGGAGUGGCCUAUCGGCGAUUGCGGAAUUGAAAGACGACCCUCUGGUGCGGGAAAUAGCCUGCGUGCUGAGGGAAUGGGCACGGUUGUGGAAGAAGCUAUAUGUGGAGCGCGAAACCUACCGGUUCAGCGCAGUCGCAAAAGUAAUGCGCGAACUCCUGAGUGGUCGGCGCGCGCUGCUCACUGGAACACUGACGCAGGAUCAAACGAGGGCUUUACGUUUGAAGUUAGUCGCCAAACUCGAUUGGGGUAAUCGCAAAUUGGGUUUGGAGCUGGUGCCGCGUCGUGGCGCUGAAGCGGUGGACCCCGAGGAGUCCAGUCUUGUGGAACUGUACAUGGUUCACGUGGAAAGCGCUGAGAGGGCUGCAGCAUGGCGCGGCACGCUCCGUCGCGCGGGCGGCUCGGGCAGUAGUUUCAACUCGGGCACAUUAACAAACUCAACCAGCUCUACACCCACAGUACAGUCCCACUACCUCAUGUGCAGUAUGAGAGACUUCGGUCACACAGCCGGUGGUGACGAAGCGGAGCUGUUGCUAUGGUUACACGAUGCUAGACGAGCCCAGCCAUUGUCGGAGAGGUUCAGGGUGCGGAUAGCGAGGGACGGCUUCUCGAACUAUAUAGAUCGGCUGCACGCGAAUAGCACGCUGUUUGCGGAUCUAUCAGCAACAGAUCUCUCUCGCGAGCUAUGGCUGGUGGCCUGGGUGGUACGAGUGGGGAGAUGGUCUGGUGCCGGCAGUAUCGGUAGUGGGACUGGGGAGAGACGAGGCCCAGUAGCCAGAAGACCUUUGGGAGCUGGAGUAUUGCCACUGACUGAGUUCCUGAGACAAACCGAACAGCAUACUGCGGAAAAGGAGUAUACUUUUAAGGUUUACCAAUGUGAAGAGAAAGACUUUCACCAGCUUCAUGAUAUGUUAAUCAGGAAGCAAACAAAUAAGUGCAACAUUUUACCUGGACAACCUAAUUAUGGAAUCGUCGUCGCCCUCAGAUUACUCACAAACCAAGGCAGUAUAUCAGAAGCGGUGGCCUCCGGAGCCACUGUUACAGCGAAACGGGGAUUUCCCGAUGUCAUAAUGCCGGGAGAUGUUCGAAAUGAUCUCUAUCUAACAUUGGAGAGGGCAGAGUUCGAAAGGGGCGGGAAAAGUACGGCGAAAAACGUUCUCGCAACUGUCAGCGUGCAUGACAGUACGGGAUUGGUUAUAAGUGAUUGCGUUUGGGGCGCCAGUGGUAUAGGCUCCACCUCCUACGAAUCUCUAGUACUAUACCACAACAACAGCCCGGCGUGGGGCGAACAACUGCGUCUCACUGUGCCGCUAGAAACGUUCACACACGCACACGUACGCAUCGAGUUUCGGCAUUGUUCCACGCGAGACAAAAACGAAAGGAAACUAUACGGUUUCGCAUUCGCGAGACUAAUGGAAGCGAGCGGCGCUACGCUCAGAGAUGGAGCGCACGAGUUGUAUGUGUACAAGUGUGAUGAUCCUACCAAGUUAAUAUCAGCAAACUAUCUCUCCCUACCGUCGUGUGCGACCGACUCUGUGCGUGCGAACGCAACCAACGGGCUCGUCACGUCGUUCCCGCGGAGUACCAAAGAGAACUGCACUAUUAGUACCGUGUUGUGUUCUACUAAACUUACACAGAAUGAGGAUCUCCUAGCAUUGUUACAAUGGCGGGCUCACCCGGAAAAAGUGCAAGAAACAUUACUGAGAGUGUUGCGGUUGGGCGACGGUCUCAGCUGUGAGGAACUUAUCAAGUUUUUAAGAGAUGUGUUAGACGCACUGUUCGCUUUGUUUUCUACUGAAGAUGGCAAUAGUACGCCUCAUUCUGGAACCGUUUUUCUAGUCCUGGUGUCAAUAUGUAGUUUAUUAGAUGAAAGUCGAUUUCAACACUUUAGACCUGUAUUGGAUGUGUAUAUUGAAGAGCAUUUCUCAGCAGCUCUUGUUUACAAAGGCCUCCUCUCCUCCGUUCAACACUGCGCCGAAUGGGCGGCCGGCGCAGAGGGCCAAGAACCAAUACGCAAAUGCCUACGUUCUCUCGGGGCCGUGUUCCGAUUGGCUGUGCGCUCGCGCUGUUUGUUCGCGCGAGCCACUGGCGGACAGUAUGAGGAUAGCUUUAGACGGGAUGUUAGGGCAGCGUUACACGCGCUAAAAGCACUGGCUCAACACCCGCAUAGAGAGCACUUGGCGCCCGCGCAGGUUGCCCUAAUGACGUCAUGGGCGAGCGUCGCCAAGGAGGUAUCUUCAGCGCUAAGUCCCGUAGAAGCGGCUAGAAUUUCGGCGGCCAUGUUGGAUGCAUUCGCAGCGAACGUACCGGCGCCAUUGGCUAGAGCCAGGUUGGCUGCGGCACAGGAGAUAUUGAAAGGGCCGUUGGGACAAGAACCGGAAGCGAGAAAUAUAGUCCUAACAACCGCAUGUCACCACCUACGAGUGCACUUAGCACGACGCGACGAACUAUCCCAAUGUGCCGAUAUGUUAGGUGAACUUGUCACGUUACUAUGGAAGAAAGAAGACCCUGACAUUCCAUUGGAUGAUGAUGCACUGGAUCCAGAUGUAGAUGUGCUCUGCUUGAACACACUGGACGUACUCGUUGAAACUGUACUGCAUUUGAUUGGCGGAAAUUCGCCCGUACUUGGAUCUAUGGUAGCUGGUUUACUAGGAGUGAUGGAGUUACUAAAGCCAGCACAUUAUCAGAGAUUAUGGAGCCAUCUCGCCCCACACCCGCAUGAUAGGAAACCGCUAAAGGACUUCCUGAUGCGAGCGUUCCUUGUAUUCCGACAUUUGAUUGAACAAGACGUAUUCCCAUCGGAUUGGAUGGUCCUGCGUGUGCAGAGUUGCAAAGUUUUGUUAUCAGCGCUGCAAGAUUUAGCUAAACCUCUACUCGAAAGAUUCUUGGGAGAUGAACCACCGCAAUUUGAUUCACAAUUAUGGUCGGGCUACAUGGAGCUAGGUGUGGCCCUAGUGACAUCAAGCGCGCUACAAACGGAGCGGUGGACGGGCAAAGGGCCCGACAGGAGCGGCAUGCGAGCCGCCGCUGGCCUGCAGGUGUUGGCCGUGUGGAGUCGGCUGGGGGCAGCGCAACUCCAGCUAAUAGGGGCGGCGGUUGGAGCUCUCCUAGAGAUCACCCUAGUAGGGGAGCUCCGUAGAGCAGCUCUAGGCGCUCUAGUCGCUCUAAUGGCGGCGGAACGGGCUGCCACCGGCUCCGCGAGACGCACUGAAGCCGCGCUUGUUGAUAAACUGGACUCGCUAGUUGCGGAUAAUAAGGCUGAUGAUCACUAUCGACGUCUGUUUGAUACCGUUCUCAUGGAACGCGUAUCAACUGAGGGUUGGCGGGAAGCGGGCGCAGCCUUCGUAGGAUGUGUUACCCGUCUAUUAGAAAGACUACUCGACUAUCGUGCCGUUAUGCAGGGCGCUGAACAUCGACACAAACGUAUGGCGGCCACUGUCAACUUGUUGAACUUCUACAAAAACGAAAUUGAUCGCAAAGAGAUGUACCUCCGCUACGUGUACAAAUUGCAUGAUCUGCACAUCGCCUCCGAUAAUUUUGUAGAAGCUGGAUGUACUCUUUUGUUAUAUGCCGAAACAUUAAGCUGGGACAGCGAUCAAAUUGGUGUCGAUUCUGAACAUCCGGAAACUCCAGAAUGGAAGAGGAAGGAGGCGCUUUAUAAUCAAGUCCUGCAAUAUUUCGAUAGAGGAAAGUGUUGGGAAAAAGGUCUGCCUCUACUGCGUGAAUUAGCAACACUAUACGAAGUGAAGCUAUGCGACUACGCUCGUCUCGCGCAUUGCUUGCGAACGCACGCGACUUUCCUCGACUCUGUGUUGAAGGAAUUGAGGCCUGAGCCGGAGUAUUUCAGGGUCGGCUUCUAUGGGAAAGGGUGUCCGCUGUUUGUGAGAAACAAACAAUUCGUAUACCGCGGACACGAGUACGAACGCAUCGGUGCGUUCACUCAACGUUUACAAUCUGAAUACGUGUCAGCGCAUAUAUUGAUGAGAAACACGCCACCUGAUGAGUCGGUUAUAGCUGCUGAUGGACAGUACAUCCAAAUCUGCAAUGUGAAACCUGUAGCGAGACAGCAAUCGUGCCCUGCGCACGCGCCGGAACAAGUGAAGCGGUUCUAUGCGUUCAAUGACGUCGAUACGUUUUUGUGUGAUCGGCCAUUGCAUAAACCUCCAAUAGAUAAGGAUAAUGAGUUUAAGAGUUUGUGGAUUGAACGCACAACGUUGGUGACAGAGAACACGCUUCCUGGCAUAUUGCGAUGGUCUGAAGUGGUCACCAGAUCUGUUGAAGAAAUACCACCAGUGGAAUUCGCAUGCGAAACGAUGGAAUCAACGGAACGCGAACUGCGCAACCUCAUAUCUCAAUACACAGCCGAUCCGACACGAAACAUUAACCCCUUUUCCAUGCGACUCCAAGGCACGAUAGACGCGAAUGUGCAAGGGGGCUUCUCUAAAUACGAACAAGCUUUCCUCACUGCGGAGUUUGGUAGAAACGCUAGUGCUAGAGAAGUGGCUGCUGCGGCGAAGUUGAGGAGAUUGGUAGCAUCACAAUUGGCGGUGUUGGAAGCUGGGCUGGGGUUGCAUGGGAGAUUGGCCCCGGAGGAAGUGAAGCCGCUGCAUAGACGUUUAGUAGAACGAUUCACUCAACUCCGACAAAACCUGGGCCCCGGUCUAGCUCGAGCUCGUCGUCAACUCUCUGAAAGUAUUGUCAAUACUCCAUUGCCUCCAGUCCCUGCACUGGAUAAACGAUCUCACAGCAUACAACAAGGCGAUGGGUAUUACGAGGAUGGUCAUCUGUACAAUAAACCGAUCUAUUCACUCGAAGAUUCAAUAGAACAACAAGCCAGUAUUAUGUCGAGCAGUUUGCCGAUAAGCGACAAUCGAGAUUGUGAUGACAGCAUGUCUAUGGUGAAAUCUGCGCCGCCAUUACCGUCUAGACCGAAGUCUGGUGAUCCUAGGAGUCCUACACGACCUGAAAAAUAUCGCGAGAUGGAGGAAGAAGUAGAGACGCGCAGACACAGCCGCGCCUCUUGGAGUGAACACGAUGCGCCGCCAUUGCCGCCUAGAGUUUCUGGUGAAAAACGUAUAUGGGGCGAAGCACCCGCAGUGCCGCGUCGUGCGGGCCGCAGCGCUGACGAACGGGAUUCGGGAGUUAGCGUCGACGCGCAUGCGUAUACUAAUGCGGAUGACCAUCGGCAUAACGAUAUGGAUUUAGUCGAAUCCCUGCGAUACGAAGAGAUUAUAUCCAUGAUGUCGGAGCCAUUACGUGUAGACGAAGGUGAAACCCCUCCCCCCAUACCGCCGAAAGGACUCGGACACCUCAGCAGUUUUGAUUCGGGACACCAUGAGAACGGCGAGUCACAUUGUUAAGUAAAUAUACGUGAAAUCACUGUGAUAUAUCACAUGUGAUUUACGAUGUAACAGCUCUUUUUAAAAGGCCAAAAGUUAUAGGACUUUAGUUGAACAUAAAAUCGCCAGUGAAAAUCGUAGUGAUUUGUCACUAACAUAGUGUGGAAACU